GGAACGAGGCGAAAUAGUGAGGACCCCACUGCGCCAGGCUCGCGUGUCGGAAGACGAGGCUUGCCCGGAGAGGUAUCCAGCGACCUCCUUCUCGAAGCCGCGUCGAACAUGCACCGUCGUCUGCCUCUCGCGGCUGGUCACGCAUCCCCCAGAGUAUGCGAGAAUGUGUGUGGAGCGGCAUCUCCACUUUCGGCAACUCGCGGAAGAGGGCCACGGCUGCGGUGAACGCAUUGACACGUGGGCGGGAAAGGUCGUGUGAGGAGUGGUGUUCGGAUAAGCGUUGUCCGCUUUUGUCCAAGGUCUUGAGCCGCGGAAGCAUGUCUCCGCCCCAUGCUUGUCGCGCGACGGUGGAUGAGCCUCGUGCAAGGCCUGGAGAGAACCACACCCGUGGGAAGUACACAUGUAGCUGUCGCUGUCGCCCAGCGCCAUGGCUUGACAGCGGUGAUCUUUUCGACCAUCGUUCGUCCGUAACGCAGCGUCGGUACACAUGUCCGCGAAGCCAGAGAAACGCAGACAAGCAAACCUCUCAUACGCCGGCAGGCCUUUUGCGGCUUGAUCGAACUCGGCACAGGCUUGAUUCCAAGUCUCCGCCUCGUCACGAAGCGACUCCAGAGAAGCGCCGAUGCUUCAUCAACCUGACGCGACUCCGGCACUACCCAAAGCGGCAAUCCGCCGCCGGCUGCCUUGCCAGCAUGCAGCACGGCCGUUGUGGAGCAGCGAAUCACGCAUCGCGCCCGGCGCCGUUCGAGAUCGACGCGUCUGCACCAUCCCCCAAAUGAUGCGCUGAUCCCCGCCUCCGCAACGCGGCUCAAGGACGGACGUCAUCGCUCCCCACAGCCUGAAGGGUGAUGCCCGUGGCUUGCGGGUGCCGCACGGCAAUAGCGCACUAGUGGGAUAUGGACCUGAGGACGGACGCGGUUACAUCGCUGGGACGGCGAACGGAUGCUGCUUCAAAAGGCGGGCCAGCGCGCCGUUUGUCUUUCCUGUUGCAUCUGCUUUUGCUUGCAA